AUGUCGGCACCAGCCGCUGUGAUGGAAGACGAAGAUGAUGGCCACCACAUCGAGAAUUGUUGCAAGAAACCGGACGACGGAGAGGAAGGAGGAAGAGCAGAGACAACAAAUGGCGAAAGCGGCAAGGAUGAGGAUUACUGUGAUGGUCAAAAGGAACCAGUUUCUCUCACCCACCUCCCAGAAGAACUCAUAGAGUAUAUUUUCUUCUUUCUGUCUCCCUACCGCGAUCUACAAUCUGCCAAGUUGGUCUGCAGACAAUGGUACCGUCUUGCCUUAGGUGUCAUCUAUCAGCGUGAACAGAACUUCCACGAUGCUAUAGCAAGUACUGAAGUGUUGUGGACGAAAUUGUUACCAGGGGAUGGCCCCACAAUCACAGACCGCUAUUCUCAUUGUGCCUGCUACUAUGACAAGUCAUUGUACGUUUUUGGGGGUUGCACUUCGACCAACACCACCUUUAAUGAUCUGUGGGGUUUUGAUUUAGCUAGCCGACAGUGGGUGCGACCCCUGGCCAUGGAAAGUGCGUGCCGAUUUUUUAAAGGAAAGAAAAAGGUCAGUAAAUACAUGACAUUACAUUUUUAA